AGCAGGAAAGGGUCUGCCAGAAUCCAUCCGCCUCCUGGCCUGCAGAGAGAACAGAAACAUGAGCACAGCAGGAAAAGUAAUAAAAUGCAAAGCAGCUGUGCUAUGGGAGAUAAAGAAACCCUUUUCCAUUGAGGAGGUGGAGGUAGCACCGCCUAAGGCUCAUGAAGUUCGUAUAAAGGUGGCAGCCACAGGAGUCUGUCGGUCAGAUGACCAUGUGGUUAGUGGAGCCUUCGUCACACCUCUUCCUGUGAUUGUAGGCCAUGAGGCAGCCGGCAUUGUGGAGAGCAUUGGAGAAGGGGUGACUACAGUAAAGCCAGGUGAUAAAGUCAUCCCACUCUUUACUCCCCAGUGUGGAAAAUGCAAUGUUUGUAAACAUCCGGAUGGCAACUUCUGCGUGAAAAAUGAUCUGAGCAUGCCUCGCGGGACCAUGCAGGAUGGUACUAGCAGGUUCACCUGCAGAGGGAAGCCCAUCAACCACUUCCUUGGCACCAGCACCUUCACCCAGUACACAGUGGUGGACGAGAUCUCAGUGGCCAAAAUUGAUGCAGCCUCACCACUAGAGAAAGUCUGUCUCAUUGGCUGUGGAUUCACAACUGGCUACGGGUCUGCAGUGAAAGUUGCCAAGGUGACCCCAGGCUCCACCUGUGCGGUGUUUGGCCUUGGAGGAGUUGGUCUGUCUGUUGUCAUGGGCUGCAAAGCGGCUGGCGCAGCCAGGAUCAUUGCGGUGGACAUCAACAAAGACAAAUUUGAGAAGGCAAAGCAAGUGGGUGCCACUGAGUGCAUCAGCCCACAGGACUUCAAGAAACCCAUCCACGAGGUGCUGAAGGAAAUGAGCGGUGGAGGUGUGGAUUUUUCCUUUGAAGUCAUUGGUCGGCUUGACACCAUGGAGGCUGCCUUGGCAAGCUGUCAAGAGGCAUAUGGCGUAAGCGUCAUUGUAGGAGUACCUCCUGAUUCCCAAAAUCUCUCCAUGAACCCCAUGCUGCUAUUGAGUGGGCGUACCUGGAAAGGAGCAAUUUUUGGUGGCUUUAAGAGUAAAGAUUCUGUCCCCAGACUUGUGACUGAGUUUAUGGCUAAGAAGUUUUCACUGGAUCCAUUAAUAACCCAUGUUUUACCUUUUGAAAAAAUUAAUGAAGCAUUUGACCUGCUUCGCACUGGAAAGAGUAUCCGCACCGUCCUGACAUUUUGAGGCCAUACAAAGGCCUUCACUUGCAGCUAUCUUCUGGCUCCUUCAUCAUCUGGCACAUCAGACAAACAACAUCAAUAAUUAUUUUCUUCAGAGAUGCAGUCAAUAAAUUACACACGGGAGGUUUCCAUGGAAAACAAGAAACAAAAAAUUAUGUGAAAACCAUUUUCAGGCAUAUUUUUAAAAUCCAAGUGAAAGUUAGAUGAGCCAUCAGCUGAGUAAUUGAAUCCAAUAAACAUUUCUUCUUAAUCACUCCACUCAUGUUGCAAGGUGUCGUCUUUCCCAUUGAGGAAAAGGAUUUCUUUGACUUCUUGCACUUUUUGUACCUUUGCCACCCUUAGUCACUGAAGCCCAGUGGAAGAGGUCCUCAUUUUACUUGCCCCCAGCAUAUACUUGAUGGGCUCUUGUGCUUGAAGUCUGCUACUUCUGCCUCUACUUCCACUGCCUGUAUUUUCCUUUCUAUGAAAUUUACCAAAGCCCGAAGGUAAAAACUUCCAGGAAAGGGUACACUUAGACUUGUAAGUGAAUAUGGACCAGCAUGUGUAAAUGCAGGAAAUUUCUUAGGGAAAUGUGGCACACACAUUUUAUAUGAUACCGGGGGGUGUAUUUAUUGAUUUUAUACUCUUUGCUCUUAAUAUAUAAUUGUUCUUCUAAAUAAAAACA